AUGUCGCUUUCCACUACUAUCAAGACUCCCAAUGUGACAUACGAACAGCCCCUCGGCUUGUUCAUUAACAACGAGUUCAUCAAGGGUGUCGAGGGCAAGACCUUUGAAACUCUCAACCCCACCAACGAGAAACCCAUCACCUCUGUUCACGAGGCUACCGAGAAGGAUGUGGACAUCGCCGUCAAGGCUGCCCGUGCCGCCUUCGAGGGUCCCUGGAAGCAGGUGACCCCCUCGGACCGUGGCCGCAUGCUCACCAAGCUUGCCGACCUCUUCGAGCGUGAUAUGGAGACCCUCGCCUCCAUUGAAGCUCUGGAUAACGGCAAGGCCGUCACGAUGGCCAAGAUCGAUAUUGCCAACGCUGCUGGCUGUCUGCGCUACUACGGUGGCUGGGCUGACAAGAUCACUGGUCAGACCAUUGACACCAACCCCGAGACCCUCUCCUACACUCGCCACGAGCCCGUCGGUGUCUGCGGUCAGAUCAUCCCCUGGAACUUCCCCAUCCUUAUGUGGGCCUGGAAGAUUGGUCCCGCCAUUGCUGCCGGUAACACCGUUAUCAUCAAGACCGCCGAGCAGACUCCUCUGUCUGGUCUCUAUGCCUCGAAGCUGAUUGUCGAGGCUGGCUUCCCUCCCGGUGUCAUCAACGUUAUCUCCGGUUUCGGCCGUGUCGCCGGUGCCGCCAUCUCUAGCCACAUGGACAUCGACAAGGUCGCCUUCACUGGCUCUACCCUUGUUGGCCGUAUGAUCCUGCAGGCCGCCGCUAAGUCUAACCUGAAGAAGGUUACCCUUGAGCUCGGUGGCAAGUCCCCCAACAUCGUCUUCGAUGACGCCGACAUUGACAACGCUAUCUCGUGGGCCAACUUCGGUAUCUUCUUCAACCACGGUCAGUGCUGCUGUGCCGGUUCUCGCCUGCUGGUCCAGGAGGGUAUCCACGACAAGUUCAUCGCUCGCUUCAAGGAGCGUGCUGCCCAGAACAAGCUCGGCAACCCCUUCGAGGGCGACACCUUCCAGGGUCCCCAGGUCUCCCAGCUCCAGUUCGACCGUAUUAUGGAGUACAUUAAGCACGGCAAGGACGAGGGUGCCACCGUCGCCAUCGGUGGUGAACGCCACGGUAGCGAGGGCUACUUCAUCCAGCCCACCAUCUUCACUGACGUUACCCCCGACAUGAAGAUCGCCCAGGAGGAGAUCUUCGGUCCCGUCAUUGCCGUCACCAAGUUCAAGGAUGAGGCCGAUGCCAUCCGCAUUGGUAACAGCACCAACUACGGUCUCGCUGCUGCCGUCCACACCAAGAACGUCAACACUGCCAUCCGCGUUUCCAACGCUCUCAAGGCUGGUACCGUCUGGAUCAACAGCUACAACCUGAUCUCCUACCAGGCUCCCUUCGGUGGCUUCAAGGAGUCCGGUCUUGGCCGCGAGCUCGGUUCCUACGCCCUGGACAACUACACCCAGGUCAAGACGGUUCACUACCGUCUGGGUGACGCCCUCUUCGGUUAA